ACAUCUCCACGCCCGUCUUCUAUCUUUUCAUGCAAUGUGGACGACGAAUUAGCCGAACAGUCAUCUGAUGACACGGAGACUAUGAUUGAUAGUGAGAAUGAUAGCGAGGAUGAAAGUUUAGAGCCCAAGACGACAAUGCCGACCGACGAAUCUAUACCGUCCAUACCAUCACGCCUGGAACACCGCACCCGCAGGGCUGCUCUAGUUCUUGAGUGGAUUCAGAACAUUCAGCAUCAGGGAGACUUGAUGAGUGAGGAGGUGGUGCCUGAGAGACAUCCAAUCUUGAUUUGCCUUCAGCUACUCCGGCCUGCCAUUCUCCUUCUCCCUGAGCUUCAGCAGGCCCUUGGCCUCGAACCGAUGGAAAUUCCUGAGAAGUACAGCACCCAGACUGUCUGCGGCUGCAAGGAAUGCAUCGCAACCAAAGAGGACGAAAUUGAUGCAUUCUUUACUGUUAAUAUCGAUAUCAUUGGCGCGUUGACCUUCAUGGGAUUUGCCAAUCGGUUCGGAUCUUGGGAAGCUUGUUCGAUUCAUGACAUGAUAUUUGGCGAAGUCGGAUUAUUGGAGAUAAUGAGGAACCUGCGAAUGUAUUGCCGAGAUUCUGGGCACGUGCAGUCGUUGCCGACAACCCUUCGGUAUGCUGCUGCCACCAUGUAUCUAGACUUUUUC